UGCAGGCGGCCGCCGCGCGCGCCGCGCCGUGACGAGCGGGCGGAGGGCACACGGUCGGCGCCGAGCCCCGCACGGUCACGGGGGGGCGGGGGGAAAGAGCGCCGAAGGAGUCCGACCUCCCGCCCGGGCCGCUCGAUGAACCUCUAGUCUUGCUUUGACAAAAGCUAUUUUGUGUAACUCUUGACUGUGAAUACAUUUCUAAUACAGCCUUUGGGAUCGUCAAGGGACAAGUGUGCCAUUUGAGAGGCCCUGUGCCUGGUCAGACCCUGGAGAUUCAGAACAGAGGUCUGUUUCGUUUUUUGGUUGUUUUUCCGCGUGACCAUUAUGAGCAUUGGCUUUUCACCCUUGAAGUAAACAUGUUGAAGGCGGAAUCUUCAGGUGAGCGGACCACUCUCAGAAGUGCCUCUCCUCACAGGAAUGCGUACAGAACAGAGUUCCAGGCGCUGAAAAGUACUUUUGACAAACCCAAGUCAGAUGGGGAACAGAAAACGAAAGAAGGUGAGGGCUCCCAGCAGAGCAGAGGUAGAAAGUAUGGUUCCAAUGUCAACAGAAUUAAAAAUCUAUUUAUGCAGAUGGGUAUGGAACCCAGUGAGAAUGCUGCUAUCGUUGCCAAAACCAGGGGGAAAGGUAGGCCCUCAUCCCCUCAGAGAAGAAUGAAGCCCAAAGAGUUUGUGGAGAAAACGGAUGGCUCAGUGGUUAAGUUGGAGUCGUCUGUCUCUGAACGAAUCAGUAGAUUUGACACAAUGCAUGACGGCCCUUCGUAUGCUAAGUUCACUGAGACUCGAAAGAUGUUUGAGAGAAGUGUGCAUGAGUCAGGGCAAAACCAUCGCUAUUCCCCAAAGAAAGAGAAAGGUGGAGGGACUGAACCACAGGAUGAGUGGGGUGGCUCCAAGUCCAACAGAGGCAGCAGUGAUUCCUUGGACAGCCUGAGCCCCCGAACGGAAGCUGUCUCUCCGACUGUGAGUCAGCUGAGUGCGGUGUUUGAGAACAGUGAGUCUCCAGGUGCUCUCACUUCUGGGAAGGCUGAGAGCGCUGACUACUCGGUGACCGGGCACUACCCCCUCAAUUUACCAUCUGUUACUGUCACCAAUCUGGAUACCUUUGGCCGUCUCAAGGAUUCUAAUUCGAAGGCUCCAUCAAACAAACAAGAUACUGAUAGAGAGGAUGCUCAGAAGAGCGAUGCUGUGCCAGUACCGGAAGUGGCUCAGAAAGGUACCUCUUUAGCUUCAUUGCCUAGUGAAGAGAGCCAGCUGAGCACGGAAGCCGAGGACGUCACAACAGCUCAACCAGAGGCUCUGGACAGCACUGAUAAAGAUAGUCCAGAAGAACCCUCUGCUGAAAACCAAGCAAUGCCAAAGUCUUAUAUCCUUUCACCACGGAACGAGCCGUUAGAAGAUGCUGAAGCUAAUGUGGUUGGGGGUGAGACAGCUCAGCAUCAGAAGAAAGACCUGACAGGUGGUGACCUAACCUCCCCUGAUGCUUCUGCAUCCAGCUGUGGAAGAGAAGUACCUGAAGACUCAAACAGUUUUGAGAGUUCCCACGUAUACAUGCAUAGUGACUAUAACGUGUAUAGGGUGAGAUCCAGGUAUAACUCAGACUGGGGAGAGACAGGCACGGAGCAAGAUGAGGAGGAAGACAGUGACGAGAACAAUUAUUACCAGCCUGAUAUGGAAUACUCGGAGAUAGUUGGCUUGCCGGAAGAAGAAGAAAUCCCAGCAAAUAGGAAAAUUAAGUUUAGUUGUGCUCCGAUUAAGGUUUUCAGCACAUACUCCAAUGAAGACUAUGACAGGAGAAAUGACGACGUUGACCCCGUGGCCGCAUCUGCUGAGUAUGAGCUUGAAAAGCGAGUAGAAAAACUGGAACUUUUCCCAGUGGAACUGGAGAAAGACGAGGACGGGCUGGGCAUAAGCAUCAUUGGAAUGGGCGUUGGUGCUGAUGCUGGAUUGGAGAAGCUGGGGAUAUUUGUCAAAACAGUGACUGACGGAGGUGCUGCUCAGCGGGAUGGCAGGAUCCAAGUCAAUGACCAGAUCGUGGAAGUUGAUGGAAUCAGCCUGGUGGGGGUCACUCAGAAUUUUGCUGCAACCGUUCUGCGGAAUACCAAGGGCAACGUCAGAUUCGUUAUUGGACGAGAAAAACCAGGACAAGUGAGUGAGGUUGCCCAGUUGAUCAGCCAGACCCUGGAACAAGAGCGGCGACAGCGGGAACUUCUGGAGCGUCACUAUGCGCAGUAUGAUGCUGACGAUGAUGAGAGCACUGUGGCUGAAUUGCAAGGAGUGUCUGGCAACUGCAAUAACAAUAACAACCGUUUCCUUAAGACUGGAGAGUAUGCCACUGAUGAAGAAGAGGAUGAGGGCGGGCCUAUUCUUCCUAGUGGUGACGUGGCCAUUGAGGUCUUUGAGCUGCCUGAGAACGAGGACAUGUUUUCCCCAUCUGACCUGGACACAAGCAAGCUCAGUCACAAGUUCAAAGAGUUGCAAAUCAAACAUGCAGUUACAGAAGCAGAGAUUCAAAAAUUGAAGACCAAGCUUCAAGCAGCUGAAAAUGAGAAAGUAAGGUGGGAACUAGAAAAGAACCAACUGCAACAGAACAUAGAAGAGAAUAAAGAAAGGAUGCUGAAGUUGGAGAGCUACUGGAUCGAGGCUCAGACAUUAUGUCAUACGGUGAAUGAGCAUCUCAAGGAGACUCAGAGCCAGUACCAAGCCCUGGAGAAGAAGUACAACAAAGCAAAGAAGUUGAUCAAAGACUUUCAGCAAAAAGAGAUCGAUUUCAUCAAGAGACAGGAAGUAGAAAGAAAGAAGCUGGAGGAGGUGGAAAAGGCUCACCUGGUUGAAGUCCAAGGCCUGCAAGUUCGGAUUAGAGAUUUGGAGGCUGAGGUGUUCAGACUACUAAAGCAAAACGGGACCCAGGUUAACAACAACAACAACAUCUUUGAGAGAAGACCAUCUCCCGGGGAAGUCUCGAAAGGAGACACUAUGGAGAAUGCGGAAGUCAAGCAAACAUCCUGUCAGGACGGCUUGAGCCAAGACUUGAAUGAAGCAGUCCCAGAGACAGAGCGCCUGGAUUCGAAAGCAUUGAAAACCCGGGCCCAGCUCUCUGUGAAGAACAGGCGCCAGAGGCCCACAAGGACACGGCUCUAUGACAGCGUCAGCUCAACUGAUGGGGAGGACAGCCUGGAGCGGAAGGCUUGGAGAGUCUCUUCUCCAGAAUUGGAGUGUGGUGUCCCACUCCUCACCCCCGUGACGAGCCCUAGGGCCCUCUCAUCCCACCACACGACUGAGUCUCCGGGAGGAUCACAGCAUCCAGAAGGGGACCCUUUCUCCUCUGUCUCGGGAGACACUUCAUCCUCCUCGACUUCAGCAUCCGAUCACGACACAGAAGACUCUCCUUGCCGCCACCAAGCCACCGAGAAAGCGUUACAAGAGAAAGAUGAUGACAAAUAUCCUAAAUCACUAAGAACAUCCAGUUCAUUCAGGGUACAAAGAGGAAAAAUUAAGCAGAAGUUUGCGGAUCUGGGGGCACCUUUGCGAAGGAAUCCCAACAAGGGGAAGAAAUGGAAAGACAAAGAAAAGGAAGCCAGUAGGUUGUCUGCUGGUAGCAGAAUCUUCAGAAGCAAGUUGGAGAACUGGAAAGGCAAACCAAGCUCCGGAGCGCAGGCCUCCAGCCACUCUCCUUGCAUGCCUUUCUUAUGGUUUAAUGAAAGCCGGAAAGGAUCCUAUUCCUUCAGGAACCUGCCGUCAGCUCCAAGCCCCCUUCCACCUUCUCCUGAGACUCAAAUCUCAGAUAAAACAGGGUCCAAGAAUUUCACCUUCAAUGAUGACUUCAGUCCAAGCAGUACCAGCUCAGCAGACCUGAGUGGCUUAGGAGCAGAACCCAAAACGCCAGGGCUCUCCCAGUCCUUGGCACUGUCCUCGGAUGAGAUCCUUGACGAUGGACAGUCUCCCAAACACACUCAGAGUCAGAAUCGGGCCGUUCAUGAAUGGAGCGUGCAGCAGGUUUCCCACUGGUUAAUGAGCCUCAGUCUGGACCAGUAUGUGCCUGAAUUCAGUGCCCAGAACAUCAGUGGGGAGCAGCUCCUGCAGCUGGAUGGAAAUAAACUGAAGGCUCUUGGAAUGACAUCAUCCCAGGACCGGGCACUGGUUAAAAAAAAACUGAAGGAAAUGAAGAUGUCUCUGGAGAAGGCUCGCAAGGCCCAGGAGAAAAUGGAAAAACAAAGAGAGAAGCUGAGGAGGAAGGAACAAGAGCAAAUGCAGAGGAAGUAUAAGAAGUCGGAAAAGAUGACUUCCACAGCCGAUCAACCGUGAGCAGUGAGGCCUCACCUCUUCCAGUAGUUGGGGAAGUUUGAGAGAAGUCCCGCCCCUUCCUGCCCCCACUCCCCUGCCGAGGCUGAAGAAGAAACUGAUGGGAUAACACCACUGUAGGUGGUUAAAGUACUGUGUGUUGAAUGCACUCUUGAUUUUAACCUCCUAAAAUAACCCCUCACCAUCACCUUUGGUUUAUUGACAAAACAGAAUUAUCAUUUUUCUCUUCUACUUACCAACAUCCAAUGUUGUGUUAAGUGUGCGGUGCCACUCGGAGGAGCAGCCUGACCCAGCCAAUGAGAGCAGGACUCACUCUGGGGCUGUGAGUGGAGUACCCAGAAUUCUCAGUGAGAGGCCCUGAAACUGAGGUGGUAGCUUCUGACUGUAGGUGUAGAGAUGAGACCUGCUUUGAGAUGGGGGAGCGCCCCUCAAUUCUGACUGUAGAGCAAGUCAGUUCUGUUGUGGGGAUGUGGGUGCCCAGCACACAAUUGCCACCUGAGGGAAAGAGGAAACAAGUGUGCUAUCCACUUGCUGGGAAUCCGAACGAGGGGGGAAAGAGUAGCUAGUUAUUAACUCUAGAAGGGAAGGGCCUUAAGCACACAGAUGGGGUGCACUUUGGGGCCUGGAGGACAGCAUUUUCCUCCAGGUAUUGUUGAACAAAGAAGAAGAAACCGCCAGGGUAGUGCAGCCAUGGAUGCUGGGGUCUGCUGUGCUGUUUGCCAGUGCUGCACCAAGUGUUUGAGCAGCACCGACAAACUGCACAGCUCCUUCCCCAGCCACACACUGAGCCGGAAAUUGGCUUUGAAGGAAACCAACGUCUUCAGGUUUCUUCUCCUGGGACAUUCUGGCUGGCCUUCAGCUUGCCUGGGACACAAUCGUGAACUUGUCACAUAUUUUCUACUCAGAAUUUCCCAAGUGGGCUCAGUUAGUGUUUUAACAAAUGUGCUUUUAAGGACUUAAACAUAGAGAUACUGGUUAGAGAUUUAAGAUUUGAGUAACAGUCAACCACAGAACUUUUUUCUUGUUUUUAUAUACACACAAUUCUUUCCUGUGAAGGACAGCCAUCACUUACAUUUUAGAGACAUUUUGAAUGACUUUCUAAGCCAUUCUCUUCCAUAGUCUAGAGAGUUCCAGAUUUGUUGAAAACAGUACACGGGACAGAUUUUUACAGUGUAAGAGCUGAUAUUUCUUAAGUCCAGUAUUAGGGAUUGCAGUCCUUCACCACCCUGAGUUGAGCGCAGGAGACUAGGGGAGGAGGAGAACAGAAACUCUUCUGGAGGCAUUUCACACCCUGAGGGGGGGGGUAUUUAUUUGCUUGCCUUUAGUUUUGCUCUUUUUGCUUAUGUAUCUAACUCUCAUUACUGCAUUAAUUCUAAAAACCUGGUAUCACCUGCUUUCGGAUGGACUGAUUUCAGAGUAGAGCUGGAGGCCACAUGAAACCUUGGACUUCAGGGUCUUUCCUUCCUUUCCCCCAGCAGGCGCUUGUGCUGCCCGCAGGCCUGUACACAUCUCCUCUGCAUGCACAGGUAUGCAGGGCCUGCAUCAGGCUCCAGAGUUAGGACAGGAAUCUGAUACGACAGAGGUCGGCUGCCUGUGUGGCCUCACUUUUUAUUUAACAUUGUGACUUUUCAUUUUUAUCGUUAUCACUAUUUUUGUAACAUGAAUUCUGACAUUAUCUGAACUAGAAACUUAAUCCUAUCCUUUCUCCCAGAGCCUGCUUCUGUUUCUGGCCCAAGCACUUCUGUAAGUUCUGGCCCUUCUGGUACAGAUUCACAUCAGUCCAAAACAUGACGUGGGGGUCUCAUUAUGCUCUGCACAAACCAGAUCUGCUUCUCAGUAUUCCCAAGGAGUAGGGUACUGGGUGCCUGCUUCUAUCUCAGAUGCCUGAUGCUUCGCCACUUACUAAUAUUUUGAGAAAACAAGAGACAUGUUCCUGAACUACACAUUCAGUAACUCUUUCCUAAUGCCAGAAGUCUGAGCAAAACUCUGGCAUUACUAAUACUUGUUAUUGUACGUUUCAGCCAUUUUUCUUUUCUUUGGGGGAAAAAAAAAGCUGGAUUGCACUGGACGCUUCUCUGUGUUCAUUUUCGAGAGUGAAAACAGAAGAGUGAUAAUUUUAAGUUGUGUUUACACUUUGAUGAUAGUUGAAAAUGAAUGUAUAUAUUGGAAAUGU